AGAGUUCGUUUUCGACUGUUGUUGGCGGCGGUUGUGUCGCGUGUCUCUCUACCCGAGAGAUUUGUGUGUGUGUCUCGCGCGCGUUUUUCGCUCUACCCCCUUUUCCAAUUGGAGAAACCCCCGAAUGUGAAUUUUGUAUAAUGUUUUUGUAAUUACAUGGAUGUCUCAUGUUGAGAUUUUCAGCCAAACGAAUGAAAAUGCAGGCGGUAUCCCGAAAAUCGGUGUUUAUAUGUGUGCAAUUGCAACAAUAGCAAACGAAAAAGAGAAAAAAGUGAAAAUAAAUAGUAGGGAAGGAAAACAAGGAGAUUGCAAAGCAGACGUAUAGACGUAGUGCAACGAACCCUUCUUCGCGGACCAAAGAUUCACCACUAACCAGUGAACAAAUACCACCCCCCACCACUACUGCUCCUGGGUGUGUUUCUGUGCGUCCCGUUGACUCAUCGUUCCCAGGAAGCUGAACAACGGUAUAGCGGGCAGCCAAACAGAAGCUCAGAAAAAAGAGCAGCAGGAAUAUCGAUUUUACUUGCCUUUACCUACAAUACCACCCCACCCACCAUCCAUUGAACUGCACUUGGGUAAAAAUAAAAACACCAGAAGCCAUUAAAGGAGCCGUGUAAAUUAAAGAAAACAGAAGAGACGGAGGAUAACGGAUAGGAAAAACGUAGCGGUGCCUCAUCAGAAAAUCUCAGCCACAUUUCUCAAGGAACAAAAGCCAAUCUCAAAUGAAUUUCACAAGUCGUGCCAACUGCAAAUGCCCGCAUAGCCAAAAGCAUCAGCAGAAGCCCGCUCUCAUCAAGAGUCACACCUGCGCCUAUCAGCUGCAGGAUCUGGCAGGAUAUAAUCGCGCCCUGAUGCCACCGCUGGAUAAUACAGACUUGAGCAGUGCCUGGCGGCAGGUGAAUAAUAACACCACCAGCCAGUCCUGCGCCUACCAUCAGCAGCAGGAUGCGAAGGACUCCAAGAGGCCAUACCACCAUCACACUUGUCCAAGACAGAGGAAAAAACCAGCCACUCACAUGUGCCAGGAACCCCAGCAGCGCCGAUCCCGAUCCGCAUCUGCCAAGCCGAGAAGGAACAGUUCCUAUCACUCCUAUGACGAUCUGGAUGUUUCCUCUGCUGUGCUCAAUGCGGAACGCAAAGUGGUGGCCAGCUUGAAGUACCUCUGUGCCUGCACAGGUGCCACGCUAAGGAAUCUCUCCAAGAAGACCAAAGAUUUGCACGCCAAAAACUAUACCUACACAAAGCCCACGUGGCGCCUUUGGGGCGAAGAGCACGAAAAGAAUGCAAUUUUCACCGUCUACCUGAAGAAAGUACGAUAUCACCGACCCACGCCCACGGCCAGCAAUGACUCUGAUGAUGAGAUUUCCCAUCUGGAGUGGGAGACAGUGCGAGUGCGCUUCGUGAAGGCGGCUACAUUGGCCCGAUUGGUGGAGGCCCUGGCCACCGACGAUGGGGAGCUGGAGUCCACCUUCAUCAACGUGUUCCUGUCCACGUAUCGCACCUUCUCCACGCCCAAGCAGGUGCUCAGUCUGCUGACCCAGCGCUACGAUGCGCUGCACGAGAAGCAUCUGGAGGAGCUGGAGCAAGUGCAGCAGAAUGGCCAGGGGAUGGAUCCUGCCUAUGAUCCCCACAACUCCAUCCACGAGCAGCACAAGAAAACCCUAGUCUCGGCGCUGCACGUCUGGUUGGAUGGAUUUCCGGAGGAUUGGCACGAGGAAAACCUGCAACAGAUAUUGGCCUUUGCCAUGAAGCGACUGAAACGAUCCGAUCUGCACAUCAAGGUGCUGAAUCGUCUAGAGCGGCUCAUCCGACAGUCUGUGUAUGGAAAUGGAGGAGGAGGAGGCGGUGGCUCGGAGGGCAAUGGCUUGUCAUGGCUUUCGGCCGCGGGUUCGCAACAGAUGCAGCAGUUCAUGAUUCCCACGCACUACGGCUCUUCGUAUGACCUGACGGAUCAGUUCAACGGCAUGUACCUCGCGCCAAUGGGUCAUGGUCCCAUCUAUCGUGGACCCACCCACUUCCUGCAGGCCUUCCGCUUUCCCCACGUGCCCAUCCGACAUUUUGCCGAGCAGUUGACCCGUAUGGACACGGAGUUGUUCAAGCGACUGAUUCCGCAUCAGUGCCUUGGGCACACGUGGGCCCGGCGGGAUAGUGGAGGAUCGGAGACUGUAGUGGCCACCAUCAACCAGUUUAAUGCGGUGCUCUUUCGGGUCGUGUCCAGCAUCCUGAUCGAUCGGCUAAAGCCUCAGGAGCGCGCUCUGAACAUUUCACGAUGGAUUGACAUUGCCCAGGAGCUGCGCAUGCUCAAGAACUUUAGUUCGCUUAAGGCCAUUAUUUCGGCUCUGAAUUCCAAUUCCAUAUACCGCCUCUCCAAGAUCUGGGAAGUGCUGCCUAAAGAAAGGAUGGAAGUCUUUAAGGAGCUGGCGCGGAUUUGCUCGGAGGACAACAAUGCGUGGACUUUGCGAGAAGUGCUGAAACGCGAGGGAACGGCUAAGAAUCCAGAAUCCAAUCCGGGCAGUGAUCACAGCGAUCGGCAUAUGCAGAAGCUCAUCCUGAAUCUGGGCACGCAGACUUCCCACGGAACGAUACCCUAUCUGGGUACUUUCCUCACCGACCUGACCAUGAUCCAUACGGCCAAUCCGGAUUACCUCACCGAGAACAAGCUCAUAAACUUCGACAAGAAGCGCAAGGAGUUCGAGGUGCUGGCACAGAUAAAGUUGCUUCAGGGAGCAGCCAACACGUAUAAUCUCCAGGCGGAUGCCCUCUUCGAUCAUUGGUUCAACUCGAUGCCAGUGCUCGAUGAACGGGAGGCCUUUGAGCUGAGUUGCCGACUGGAAGCACAACCGCCGGCGCCACGGAAAUCAGUGGUCAGCACAAACACCUCUUUAACAAAUACGACCGCCUCGUCGACGGCUUCGAUUAUUGGCCACCGGAAGACUGACUCCAUACACUCCAACUCGAGCAGCGGGGCGGGAUCGCAGUUCUACUGCGAACUGAACAGCAGCACCAGCUCGAGGCACAACUCCCUGGAUCGGGAUGCCAACCAUCAGCACACCUCCUUGAUGUCCGCCUCGAGUAGUGUGUCCAAUCUGUCGUUGGACUCCAGUAACUCUGGCGGACGGCAAUCCGGCAAGCUCACCCAUUCGCAGUCCAUGGGAAAUGGCCUAAAAUCGCAUGGGAAUGGAACCACCAAUGGGGGAUCCCCCCACAUCAACGCCCAGUUGGUCCAGCCAACGAGUGGAACUCCUCAGUCCGCACCGGAUUUCUAUAUCAUCCGGGUGACCUACGAGACGGACAACAUUGAGCUGGACGGGAUUGUGCUGUACAAGAGCAUUAUGCUGGGAAAUAACGAGCGUACGCCGCAGGUGAUCCGUAAUGCCAUGCUUAAGUUGGGUCUGGAAGAUGAUCCGGAGAGGUUCACCCUGGCGCAGGUUCUACCCGAUAAAGAGCUGGUAAUGCCGAAGAAUGCGAAUGUCUACUAUGCGGUGAACACGAACUACAACCUCAACUUUAUCCUGAGACCGCGAAAGGAAGAGGGCGUGGCCGGUAGCUAGUCCACAGCCGUGCCCCUGUCCCAAUUAUGGUGUCUGGGAUACGAGGGCGAGGAGUAAGGAUUGAGGAAUGAGGAUUAAGGAUUACCUUUUUGGGGGGAAUUGUAAAUAGCUAGAGCUUGACUCGCCCAUGACAAAACUGGAUAAACCAAUUUCAAUUUAGGUUCGAUAUUCGAUUAAGUUAUUUAUUGAAAAGUAAAAGAAUAGUAGAUUCGAUUAGUUCGAUUACCGAUUAUUUCGAUUAAUGUCUAGAUUCAAACCUGUCAAUUAGCAAUUAGCAAACUUUUGUAAUCUCUGAUUUUUCCCAGGCCUAGAGUUCGUUGUGUAAGUCUAUUGAAAAACCAACCCAAAACAUAUAGUAUAUAGAGACUCUACUGGAAUACUUGCUGAUAUUUACAUACACAUACACACAUAUAUAUAUUUAUAUGUUACGUAUAUAAAAUUAUAUACAACAAUUGAUAUUCUAAAUGUGGUACAAUAAUUUGGAAUCUUGAAACGGAUAUUAAGUUGGUUUAAGAAUCCUCCUUGUCUGUACUUUACUUUGAGGGCUUUCCACACACAAACAACGAAGCAUAUUUGUAUAGAAGAUUUUAACCACUGUACGUGUAUUAUAAAUACAAAAUUAACAAUAAGUACUAUUUGUAACUGUUUCCGAGUGGAGUGCACAACAACAAAUAACGAUUUAUCAAUAACUUUAGCCUGUUAAGAAAUUGUAUUUCAGAUUUUGUAAGUUAUCUACAUUGAAAAUUAAUGAGAGAAUGAAACAAUUAUACAUAUACGGUAUACACUAAGAAUCAACUUCGAUUUAUACAUAUUAAAUAUGAUAGUUAUUUAAAUGCGAAAUGGAGUAAACAAAUGAAAAAAAACAGAGUAAUAUUGUAAAUAUAUAAAUGAAAAGCGAUAAUUUGUGUUCUUCUGCAAAAUAAAUUGUACCAAAAGAAAA